CAAUGGCCCCUCCCCUAGCUCUCGAUCAUAGCAAAGCAGGACUGCGUCUGAGCGGUUGGCACUCUGGCACGCUGAAAUUGCUUCCGGUCAUGCGAUAUCUCUCGGUGGCGUCAUAGCUAAGUGUUUAGCUUCUCUGACAGUUGGAAACUGACCCUUUGAGGGCAAGGGAGAGUGUCCUUCAAUGGUUCACCGUGAUGGUAAUCUUUCUUAUCUUCUAUAGCGGAGUCUUACUGACAGUAUGGGGACAACCAACUUUAUAUCCUCUGUCUAUCCAUGCCUGUCCAAAUGAGACGGUGACAUACUAUUGUCAUGACAGUCACAUCAGUGUCAUUGCGUGGGAAGUACCACCUUACAUCACAAGGACAGACAGGAACCAUAUACAAUUCGUUUCAGAUCCUCCGGCAGGAAUCCCCUCUGUACAUAAUAUGACUCGUGAGAAUAAAUUCUUUGCUAACCUCACUAAUAUCACGAGGUUGAAUGGUAGUGUGGCAGACAUGACUACUAGUCUGAUGAUCAUCACACACGGGAUACAAAAUGAGACAAGCAUUAACUGUAUAGUGUCUAAAGGAGGCUCUGUACUUCACUCGUCCUCAACACUUUACUUUGCAGGUAUACCUAGUGCUAAGGCACCAUCAAUCAAAUAUCAAGAGAGGGAGACAUAUUUCACAGCAGUACUAGAGCUGGGAGAUAUGUUUGAUGGAGGAGGAGUUCCUAUUGAUCACUACAUUAUCCAAGUGGACAACGGCACACAGUUGGAAACUCCAGGCCCCACUUACAGUUUUGACAUCAUGUACAAUACUACACUGUCAGUGAACAUCUCAGCCCAUAACUGUGCAGGAUACAGUGAUUUCUUUCGAGUAGAGAUUGAGUAUAAUGAAGAUGAAAUAUUCAGUUCCAAAAGCAUUGUACCAUCCACAGAUUCAGUGGUACAGCGUUCACCCAGUAUGACACAAAGUCCUACUACCCAGAGUCCUUCUAGUGAUUUCUCAGUUGUUAGAAUAGUAGUACCAGCUGUAUUUGCUUGUGCACUUGCAGUCAUCACAAUACACUCCAUUGUCAUCCCCUUACUGAUAAUCUACAAACAUCUAAGUUGUCAUUUCUACUCAAAUGUUUGUUCUGCAAUUGUCCUUAUUAUUAUAGGUACUAAUAAAAACAGACAGCAGGAGAAGUGUGAUGUGGUGGAGAACUCUGCCUAUGGUGUCCAUGUUCAAGGCUCAGCUGGUGAUAGACUGGAGCCAGACUACAACAUGGAAAACAACCCACUGUAUGAGAUGAGGAUACUGUCAAAUGAGGGACACUCACACAAGACACAAACACCAGCUCCAGUCCCUGUGUACGAGACUGUUGACAGUGUGGCAUUAUAAACUGUUUUUACUGAUUGUCUUUUCCGUUUUCAAAUACUGUUGCAUUUACCAAACAGUAUAUCAUUGUCAAAACCAGCAUGUGUCCUGGCGGGCAAAACUGCAUA